GGGAGAUGCAAGGUCAGUAAGCGGCUUGAUAUAAUAGCCGCCCAUAUCACCACACUUGCACUUUCUUCAACUCAAACAACAACACCGACAACAUCACCACAACUACUACAACUACAACUACAACUACACCAAGAAACACCCCAGACUACAGCUGCAGUUACAGUCACACAGACGCAACAGUCUAGAAUCAACACCACGAACUUCACCACUUCUCCCUCAACUAUCACAUCCACAUCCACAAUGGAGCCUUCACCUCGACACUCCCGCUCCUCCUCGUCUGCCUCGCGACGAUCAAACCUCACCCUCGACCUCUCGUCCAUCCCGCCCAUGACCCCGCCCACGCCCCCCUCAAACACCCUCCUCCUCACCAACCUCGCCGACCCGGCCAUCUUCCUCCCCGAGAACCUCGACGUCAUCCGCGACCUCAUCUCCCAAUCGGCCACCAUCCACGCCUUCUCCCCGCUCAAGUCGUUCCGACGCAUCGUCGUCUCCUUCUACGACGAGCAGGCCGCCAUCGCCGUCCGACAGAUCUGGGACAACGAGGCUAUCAUGGGUCAGCAGUGCCGCGUCUACUUUGGCAAGCCUACACCUGUCGAUCAGCGAGAUGAGCACCUCGCUCUUCCCGACGCCGGCAAGCUCUUCUUCAUCUCUCCUCCUCCUAGCCCUCCCCACGGCUGGGAGGACCGUCUCGAGGACGCUCCCAACAAGCUCGUGCACGCCGAGGACCUGGCCGACGCUUUGGCUAAGCUGCACCACCGCGCCGGUCCCGUCGACGACGAUGCCAGCUCGCCCAUCACACCUCCCGACUCUGCUCUUCCCGGCCGCACGCGCUCGCGCUCCUCCACGCUCAUCUACAAGCCCAACGAGGAGAGCAGCAUGCCCGCCGUCUUUGUCGAGGACAUGACCGAUGAGCCCUGCGAGUACAGCCCCGUAGAGCCUACCAAGCCCAUCAUGGCUCACACUGCCCGGCCACCUGUCGAGCUUAUGAGCGACGCCUAA